UUUUUUCCACUCACAUGCUUUUCAUUUUAUUUUAUCAUUAUAAUCUUGUUGGUAAUGCAUUAAAUUCAUUUUGCUUAUUGAUAAAAAGUGAUUUGUGAUGAUUGAUAAUGAUAUGCAAAGAUCUACAAAUGUGCAGCCAAACCCGACACUUGGCAAUGACGUAUUUGUUGCUUUUGGAUUGUUGGCUAAUUGUGCCUUGGGGAAAGAGUGUGUCUUUAGGGACCACUCAUAUGAGGCCCAGAUUUGCAGAGAGUGAUGAAUGGCUGAAGUUUGAAACAGGAUGCUGCGGGGAUACGCACGGAAUUGAAGGUCUGUACAUGCUUAAUGAGUUCCAUUUCGUUGUUUUGAACACAAGAAAGAAGAAUUUAUGAAAGGUUUUGUGAAUGAGGCCCAAUUAAUUAAAUUACAAAAUUACAAAUUUCUUCAACAAAAUGCGAAAAAUUUAAUGUGACUGAACGGAGAUGUACAAGAAUCAGUUAGCUGGAUUACAGUCACAUGCCUGCACAAAACAGACAAAUAUUGUGGUGUUGUUAGGUUUAGGUUUCGUAAUGUUUAAUAGCCAUAAAAUACAUAGAAUACCUAGUUUGGUCUGCUGACUGAGUUUCCCUCCCUCUCUCUCAGGUUUCGAUUGAAUCCCUCCCUAAAGAGGGAGUAUUUGUGGACUCCCAGAGAUGCCACAGGAAAAACCAGUUUGCUUAGUGGCUUAGUUAUUUAACUAAGAGGCACUGCUCUACAUCAGGGCACUUGAACAUAAAGGCAACAACAUCAUCCACCUGAUUCCUCAUAGCCCUUGCACAUCACUGUAUGGGGCUGCAUCCUUUAGUGGACACAUCCUCCAUAUAACUGUCCUAUGCACACCAGAAGGCUAGACAGAUUUUGGAACAGCACCUGAAAUGGAACAGUCUACGAAAGAUUGACAUCUGCAUCACAGAGUUCCCACCCACAACCUCACCAGACCAAAACAACCAGUAUGUGAAAAGCCAACAAGAGAAUGAAAAGAAAGUGAAACCAUGAGGCACAGCAGGAGCAAGAGUUUCUCUGACAGCCUUGUCCUAGAAGAUGUGGACAAAGGUGGUGUGAUUGUCAAGAGCAUCAGAGCUGACUCUUCCACUGACAUAGGCCUGAAAGAAGGUGAUGAAAUUAUUGGUGCAACCAUCCACUUCGACAAACUUAAGAAAGAUGAGGUGUUGAGGGUACUGAAACUAAUUGAACCUUACGAUGAAAACAUGAAAGUUCUGACAAAAGAAAGUUUGAAAGCCAGUGUAAGUUCUGGAAUAUUAAACAACUCCAUUGCAUCUCCAAAAGAAAUGCUUGAGGAUUCUUACUCCAGACUUUUCCACAGCAAAGUACAGAGAUUCCUGAACAGAGAACCAUUUGUAUGUGAUGCGGCAAAAACAUCAGAUGUUAAAAUUGGUGACCUGAACAGCCAGCUUCUUGUCCAAGGGACAAGACUACAUUUGGAUGGACCAAGCUUUAAGAGUGACAUUGCAGGCCCUUCUCAAAAUUUGUCCAAUAUGAUUGCGCAAACACCUCAAGUAGAUAUUGAUGCUAAAUGGUCAGGCCCAAAGAUACAAGACACAAAAGCUCUGGAAGAUUCCAGUUUCAGUGUACCAGACUUCAGCAAAAGCUGCCCAAUGCCACCUAUGGGAUUAUCUUCAAAACUGAAAGAACCAGAUUUGGAGGACAAUGUAAAGUGCCUUGAAGUUAAUCUCUCAGGUCCUAAUUCAGAAUCUUCAGACAUGGACCUAAAUAUGAAAAUUGACAGUAUUAAAGGAGGUGACAAUGUCUCUGGUAUUGACAUUUUAGAUGACAGCACACAUCGUCCUGAACUUGACCUGAAAGCAACAGAUGUUGACCUCAAAUCACCCUCUAAGAAAUGUACAUAUCAAACAUUACCUAAAUUUGGAAUGUCUGGGCCAAAUGUAAAAGGGCCAGAAAUGGACAUUGAUGGAGAUCAGGAAACACCAGGGUUAAAUUGCUCAUCUCCUAAAAUCCUAAAGGAAAACAAUACUCCACAGUUUGGUGUGGAUUUACCCAAAGCUGAUUUAAACAGCCCUAAAUUUAGUCUGUCAGGGCCCAAAGUGAAAGGACCAGAUUUUGGUAUUGAUGCAGGCCUGAAAACUCCUGACCUGAAUCUCAAAGCUCCUAAGAUUAAAGGAGGAAUUAAAGCUCCUGACAUAGGUUUGAAUUUACCUAAUGCUGACAUUAAAGGCACUGGGCUUAAUGUGGAUGUGCCAAAUGUUAAUCUGAAGUCUCCCUCUCAAAAAUUUAAAUUUCCAACAUUACCUAAAUUCGGAAUAUCUGGACCUAAAUUGAAACAUCCAGAAAUGGACAUUCAUGGAGAUCUGGAAACACCAGACAUGAAUCUUUCACCUCGUACAAUCAAAGGAGAAAUGAAUGUCCCUCAGUUGGGUGCGGAUCUACCCAAUGCUGAUUUCAACAUUCCUAAGCUAGAUAUGAAAACACCAGAUCUUGCCAUUAAUGCCCCAUCAGGAAAAUUUGCCAUACCUAAAUUUAAUCUGUCAGGGCCCAAAGUGAAAGGACCAGAUUUUGGUAUUGAUGCAGGCCUGAAAACUCCUGAUCUGAAUCUCAAAGCUCCUAAGAUUAAGGGAGGAAUUAAAGCUCCUGACAUAGGUUUGAAUUUACCUAAUGCUGACAUUAAAGGCACUGGGCUUAAUGUGGAUGUGCCAAAUGUUAAUCUGAAGUCUCCCUCUCAAAAAUUUAAAUUUCCAACAUUACCUAAAUUCGGAAUAUCUGGACCUAAAUUGAAACAUCCAGAAAUGGACAUUCAUGGAGAUCUGGAAACACCAGACAUGAAUCUUUCACCUCCUAUAAUCAAAGGAGAAAUGAAUGUCCCUCAGUUGGGUGCGGAUCUACCCAAUGCUGAUUUCAACAUUCCUAAGCUAGAUAUGAAAACACCAGAUCUUGCCAUUAAUGCCCCAUCAGGAAAAUUUGCCAUACCUAAAUUUAGUCUGUCAGGGCCCAAAGUGAAAGGACCAGAUUUUGGUAUUGAUGCAGGCCUGAAAACUCCUGACCUGAAUCUCAAAGCUCCUAAGCUUAAAGGAGGAAUUAAAGCUCCUGACAUAGGUUUGAAUUUACCUAAUGCUGACAUUAAAGGCACUGGGCUUAAUGUGGAUGUGCCAAAUGUUAAUCUGAAGUCUCCCUCUCAAAAAUUUAAAUUUCCAACAUUGCCUAAAUUCGGAACCUCUGGACCUAAAGUGAAUUGUCCAGAGGUGGACAUUGAUGGAGAUCUAGAAACACCUAAUUUCAAUCUCUCAGCUCCUAAGAUCAAAGGAAAAAUAAGUGCUCCUGAUUUGGGUGUGGAUUUACCCAAAGCUAAUUUCAAGAGCCCUAAACUAGAUAUGAAAACAUCAGAUCUUGACAUUGGUGCCCCAUCAGCAAAAUUCACCAUGCCAAAAUUGAAUCUGUCAGGGCCCAAAGUCAAAGGACCAGAUUUUGAUAUUGAUGCAGGCUUGAAAACACCUGAUCUGAAUCUCAAAGCUCAUAAAAUUAAAGGAGGAAUUAAAGCUCCAGACGUAGGUUUGAACUUACCCAGUGAUGACAUCAAAGGCUCUAAAUUUCAUCUGAAAAUACCAGAUGUUGACCUGAAAACUCCCUCUCGACAAUUUAAAUUUCCAACGUUGCCUAAAUUUGGAAUCUCUGGACCUAAAUUGAAACGUACGGAACUUGACAUUGAUGCAGAUCUGAAAACACCAGAUUUGAAUCUCUCGGCUCCUAAGAUCAAAGGAGAAAUGAAUGCCCCUGAGUUGGCUGUGAAUUUACCCAAAGCUGAUUUGAACAGCCCAAAACUAGGUACAAAAACACCACAUCUUGCCAUUAAUGGCCCAUCAGGGAAAUUCACCAUGCCUAAAUUUAGUCUGUCAGGGCCCAAAGUGAAAGGACCAGAAUUUGGCAUUGAUACAGGAAUGAAAACACCUGAUCUGAAUCUCAAAGCUCCUAAGCUUAAAGGAGGAAUUAGAGCUCCUGACAUAGGUUUGAAUUUACCUAGUGCUGACGUGAAAGGCACUGGACUUAAUAUGAAUGUACCAGAUAUUGAUCUGAAAUCACCCUCUCGUCAUUUUAAAUCUCCAACAUUACCAAACUUUGGAAUCUCUGGACCAAAAGUGAAACGUCCUGAAAUGGACAUUCGUGGAGAUCUGGAAACACCAGACUUAAAUCUUUCAGCUCCCAAGAUGAAAGGAAAAAUCAGUGCUUCUGAGUUUGGUGCGGAUCUACCCAAAGCUGAUUUCAACAUUCCUAAGCGAGGAAUGAAAAUGCCAGAUCUUGACCUUGAUGCCCCAUCAGGGAAAUUCACCAUGCCCAAAUUUAGUCCAUCAGGGCCCAAAGUGAAAGGGCCAGAUUUUGACAUUGAUACAAGCCUGAAAACACCUGAUCUGAGUCUCAAAGCUCCUAAGUUUAAAGGAGGAAUUAGAGCUCCUGACAUAGGUUUGAAUUUACCUAGUGGUGACAUGAAAGGCACUGGACUUAAUAUGGAUGUACCUGAUUUUGAUCUGAAAUCACCCUCUCUUCAAUUUAAAUCUCCAACAUUACCAAACUUUGGAAUCUCUGGACCUAAAGCAAAACGUCCUGAAAUGGAUAUUCGUAAAGAUCUAGAAACACCAGACUUAGAUCUUUCAGCUCCUAAGAUAAAAGGAAAAAUCAAUGCUCCUAAGUUUCAAAUCAAUGCCUCUGAGUUUGGUGCAGAUCUACCCAAAGCUGAUUUCAACAUUCCUAAACUAGGAAUGAAAAUGCCAGAUCUUGACAUUGAUGCCCCAUCAAAGAAAUUCACCAUGCCCAAAUUUAGUCCGUCAGGGCCCAAAGUGAAAGGGCCAGAUUUUGGCAUUGAUACAAGCUUGAAAACACCUGAUCCGAAUCUCACAGCUCCUAAAAUUAAAGGGAGAAUCAAAACUCCAGAGGUAGAUGUUGAUUUACCCAAUGGUGACAUGAAAGGCUGUGAACCUGACCUCAAAUCAUCAAAUUUUGACUUGAAAUCACACAUGAUUAAAGGUGAAAUCAGUUCCCCUGAUGUAAUUCAAAGUUUACCACAAACGGAUAUCAGAGAGUCGUUGAAUUUGAAUACACCACAUCUUCAUCUUGAUGCUCUCUCAGGAAAAUUGAAUGUGCCAACACAAAAGAGACCUAAAUAUGGACCCACUGAAUUAAAUAUGAAUAGACAACAACUUGAUAUUGAUGCAUCCUCAAAAAUGAAGAGUGCAAUCAAUACUUCUGACAAAUCUGACAAAUCACCCAAAGCUAAUCUCAAAGGUCAAGUAGAUAUCCCCAAACCUAAUCUGAAAAAUCCCAGUGUUGUUGAGUAUGCCAAUUUACGAAAAGGGAAAGGAUAUAACUCGCCUAGUACUAAUAUCAUGUGUACUCCAGAUAUUGACCUUGAAGUGCCUGGGGGCACAUUAAAAAGGUCAAAGGUAAAGUUGCAAAAAACCCUCCUUUAAAUGCAAAGGAAUGACUUUACACUAAGCAUAAACAGAAAGAGCAGCCCCAUUUUGACUUUAAUAAUCCCAAGAGAAAUGUAGGAUUCCCUAAUUUUCUUGUUGAUCUAAAAUGAACUAGAUGUUUUUUUGUGAACUGUGUAUGCAAAGAUUUUAGUACAUGACCAAGUAAUCAUUAACAUGAAGAUAGUGAGACUACUAGAAAAAUACAUAGCGCUAAUACCAUAUUCAGCAACACUCGGAUAAUGCGUUCUCCCCAAAUGUUUUCUUCUCCCGAAUUUGACCAAUAUUAUUCGGAUUCUGAUCUGUUUUCCCAUCUCUUUGAUACAAGUUGCUCAGAAGUCAGUACCAAGUUUCUCAAUUAGAAACACAAUGGCAGAGAGACAGCAAUUGAGACUUUCCUUUAACACUAGAUAGGCCAAAGAGAAGUCAUUGCGCUUUGGGGACUUUAUAAUUAAAAUCACUCCCAAUGCCAUAAAUGCGAUAUCCUCCUCCUUCUAUGACUUUCCUAAAUAUUUAGGCUUUAAAUAACUGUGUUUUUAAAAUGAGAAAAAAUUGACUAAGUAAAGAAAUACUGGCCGUCUGUGCCAUUUUCUUCACAAACCCCUCCCCACCAGACAAUAGAGAACAAGAAGUGCUCUUACCCAGGUGCGAACAUGUUGUGAACUCCGGGCCCGCUAUUCAACAAUUGAAUGACCAGUGCUUUCAAAAUAAUUUCCCAAUAAAGCACUAUCAAAACAAAUUUUGCACAUACGAUCACAAAAAAUUCAUUGACUGCAAUUGUGAUGAAUUUGAUAAAGCCUUUAUGAAUACUUGUGGAUGCUGUAGUUAUAGAAACGAUAGGCUUAGAACGCCGUGGAGAUAACGCCACAACAUUGUUUUGAGUUUUCACUGAAACUGAGACUUUAAAUAAACUAAAUAGAAUAUCUACACAACUGCAUGAAAUAUUUGAGAUUUUUGUGCGUGCGUUUCCAGGAAACCACCAAAGCUACGCGUUCUCUGUUGAAUUGAGGAGGGCGACAGUGCAUAGAAAGCACAUUUCCAGGAGAAGGGAGGGAGAAGUUUGCUGAAUGACCAAAGAAAUUACCUAAAAUUAAAAUUAUUAUAAAUUUAAAAAUGUAUUUAACUACUUUUCUAUUUUGUGUUUUGUCAUGCACAUUUUAGGGCUUUUCUCAGUGUUCCUGUAAUAUACAUUUUCCCUUAGCCUAUAUAACAAAACCGGUAUAAUUUAGAAAUAUAAACACUGAAAUCAGUUUCAUGAUCUUUAUGAAAUUCGGUCGCUGCUGGUGCAGAAAUCGAUGCUAUAAUGCUUAGUGGUAGUUGGCUACAUAAUAAAAAAAGUGACCUUUUCAGAGUUAAAACAUUACAAAAACAGGUUGUUGGCUAAUGACACACCCAGUCAUUGUGUGAAGCAUUUAGACUGUGUCCUUCAGGUAGGGGUGAUGGGGUUCAUGCAGUUCAUAGUAAGGAUGAGGAACUUUUUUUUAUUUUUAAAAACAUUUACCUAUGUUUGAAGCUUGAUUUGACUGUCUGUUUACUUAAGUGUUAUAAAAGCCUGUUAUGGCUAUAUAACCAUAGGUCCAUGUUUGUUAAACACAGCUUUAAAAAGCAAUUAUAGUGAUUAUAAUGGUAAUAAUUCAAUACAGCUUCCGUGUUAAACUCCACCCACUUCUGGUUCACGGCACACCCACUUCUGGUUUUGAUCCGAAUACAAAUACAAAUUUUUUUUUGGUUGAACAAAUACAGAUACAAAUACAAAGAGUGGAGUCUCCCUCCAUCCCUAAUGGCUAUGGAUAGCUGCUGUUUUAUGAGAAUUGUACUUUAUCUGACCUGUAUUUGUAUUUGUUCCAGUGACCUUCGGUAUGCACUUAUUGUGCGUUGCUUUGGAUAAAAGCAUAUGCCAAAUAAAAUCUAAUGUAAUGUAACGUAGCAGAUAUGGCAAGAAAACUGUACAUAUUGUAAUACUGUAUACUGUAAAACUGUAAAUACGGAAUACUGUAAAACCAUACAAUGAAAAGGAAAAGGGAAAAAAAGAGAAUAUCUCUGACUACAUGUGCCUUUUAUUUUAUUUGGCAAAACAAUAAAAUUAUGUCUCAGGCUUCAAAUAUGACUUUAGCCACUAGAUGUAACUAUGCAUGGUCUCAAGACUGCACAAGGGUGUGCACUUUUCAUAAAGUAAAAAUUUAAGAAAUAGUGAAUUGUUGGUUAUGUAAAUAAAAUUUGUUUAGCAAUGUAAAAUAGGGGAGUAAAGGGAUAGUGAAAACAUAACACAAAAGAGGUUUACCUUCCAUAGUCCAAGGACGCAGGCUAGCCUUGUAAAUAAAGAAAAUCCAUUUAUAUUUGAAUAACUUACUGACCUAUAGCAUGGUUAUCACACAGACUGUCACAACAAUUUUGUUAUGUCUGACCAACAUUAUGAUCUUUGUUCUUGGAUGUAUUUUCAUUUUGUGAAUCCUUUUAUUAUCUUCCCAUAGGAUUUAUCACACAUGCUGUGACAUCUGAUUGCCUACAUUUUGUCAUUACAUCAAUGUUUCAUGUUUCAUGUCAUCUCCUCGUCUAAGGUGUGGUUUAUUGAUGUGAAUUAUCCAUUUGCAUGAUUUACAAACCAACACAAAUGAUUUGGAUUGCAUAUAGAUUGCACUGCAUAGCAAUUGUCAUUCUGCAAUAUGUGAUAAACUUUGUAUUGAUUUAGAACCGCCCUUUUCUGUAUUUAUAUGUAUGUAACUGCCGUAUGUACAAUAUAUUAUGUAAUUUGCCUCCAUGUAAUUUAAUAGUAUAUGUAUAACAUCAACAAUUUGACCAAUGGUUUUGUUUCCCAUCUGGUGAUGAUGGCCACUGUAUAUAAACAAGCAAUUGCUGCACUGCCAAUAA